AUGCCUAAUCUUUUAACAUUGGCGCUCACAGCGCUGCCUCUUCUGGCACUGGCCGAUCAGGCUCCUUACACAGGUUCUGACUUCCAGGCCAAGACUUAUGGUCUUUACCCUACACAAUCAUACGAGUCCUCGGACCUCGAGGUGCCUGUCUUCCAGGUCAACAAGGCUGCAGCAGACAAUGUCGACCCUGCCGAUCGUGUUUUCAUCUCUCCCAGAGGUACCGCAGUGGAACAAAUUGCUCCCAUGAUCUUCAACCCAGACGAUCUCUCGCUCGUGUGGAGCGAUCCUAGCUACAAGACUACGUUCGGUGUCAGAGUGCAAGAAUUCAACAACUCGGACUACAUUACAUUCUGGCGAGGAGCCAUCAAAGGUGCUGGUUAUGGAAGUGGCAGCUUCAUCAUGCUCGACCACAACUACAACGUUGCUUACAACCUCACGACAAAAAACCUGACUGUCGGUGGAGACAUUCACGAGAUCGAGCUGACGAAUGAUGGAACGGCACUCAUGACUGCUUACGAGCCUAUUCAAUAUGAUCUCACAGCUUACGAUAUCGAGAAUGGCUGGCUUGCCGACUCUCUGUUCGAAGAAGUCGACAUUGCCACCAACGACCUCAUCUUUUCCUGGCGAGCAUCCGAGCACAUUGCACUCAACGCUUCGUACGCCGAUCCUGGUGCCACCGGUAUCUCCCAAGACAGCCCUUACGACUUCUUCCACAUCAACUCGAUCGAAAAAGACGACUCUGGCAACUAUCUAAUCUCUGCAAGACAUACACAUGGUAUCUACUACAUCAAUGGAACCAAUGGCGAUAUCAUCUGGAGUCUGGGAGGCAAGAACAACGACUUUGAGGACAAGAGUGAUGGCCAAGCAUCCAAUUUUGCAUGGCAACACGAUGCCCGCUGGCGCAACACCGAUUUGACAGAGAUGACUCUCUUCGACAAUGGAGCUGCCGAUUGGGUCAAGACAGAAAACGAGACUCGCGGUCUCUGGCUCAGUCUCAACUACGGCGACAUGUCUGUCACUCUCAAGCAAGACUACAUCAGUCCUGAAGGCAUCUUAUCCAUAUCGCAGGGAAGUGUGCAAGUUCUCUCAAAUGGCAACGUGUUCAUGGGUUACGGCAGCAACGGUGCCUUUAUAGAAUACACCAAUGACGGAGAAGCCAUCUGGAACGUCCAGUUCGGCAUCAUUGGCAACUCAAGCGUACAGAGCUACCGCGCCUACAAGCAAAACUGGCAAGGCUUCCCCGACUGGAACCCUAGUAUCGCCGCUACAGGAAAUGGUACUGACAACACUACUGUAUACAUGUCUUGGAACGGCGCCACUGAGAUCAAGCAAUGGGCAAUCCUUGCCUCGAACUCGUCUUCUUCUCUUUCCACUGCCGACGACCUGUGGAAGAAUAUCACAAAAACUGGUUUCGAGACCAAUGUCACCGUAGGCUCCGAUGCUCGCUAUAUUCGUGCUGCAGCUCUGGAUGCUGAUGGCCAAGUGCUCGGUGCCACUGAUAUUAUUGAUGUCAAUGAUGGAUCUAUUACGUCUGCAGAUGCCAAGGUCGAUAUUGGUACUGGAGAUGCGAACACUACAGUGACCAGCUCGGCUUCUGACUCGGACUCUGUUUCUGGUUCUAGCGGCAAUGAUACUGCGUCAAAGUCUGAUAAAGACAGUGGCGCUGGGUUCACGAAUGCUUCUUCGUCGCUUGCUCUGGGAGUGGCGAUGGUUGUCUUGUUUACCUUUGGGUUGUAA